CUACGGGUGCUGCAAGGCCUGGGAAGAGUUUCGAUGUCUCUAGGGUGGCUAGAGCGUCCUCGCGCGCUCCGUCGCGCUGCAGGUGACGGCGACCGGAGGCUGUCGGGAAGUAGGCGGGGUGACGUGUGGUGGACGAGCUCGGCGGCGGGUUUGCUGAGAUCUGUGGCUGGCCGCAGCUGGUGCGGGGGGCGGCCGAGAGCGAGAGGUGGAUCGGGGCGGUGUGUGGCCGGGGCCAUGACGGGCAAUGCCGGGGAGUGGUGCCUCAUGGAAAGCGACCCCGGGGUCUUCACCGAGCUCAUUAAAGGAUUCGGUGAGAACCAAGGGGACCGUCCUGGGCCUGGGGUCAUGGGAGGAGGCCCAAGCUGGGCAUGGAGUGGUUCCCUGCGGCCACCGCCGCCUCGCAUCUGGAGAGGUGACUUCAGGAACCUGGAGUCCGGGUGGGGGAAAUGUAUGUUUUCUGCCCUCAGCUCGAGACAGUCGUUUCCACAUUUCUUUAGGAAAGUGGAUGAUUUCAUUAUGUAUGAGAUGGAGCAGGGUUUGUCACUAAUUUGUAUUUUGUUUUGUAGGCCAGUUCAUGGGUUAAUUUUUCUUUUCAAGUGGCAGCCAGGAGAAGAACCAGCAGGCUCUGUGGUUCAGGACUCCCGACUUGACACGAUAUUUUUUGCUAAGCAGGUAAUUAAUAAUGCUUGUGCUACUCAAGCCAUAGUGAGUGUGUUACUGAACUGUACCCACCAGGAUGUCCAUUUAGGCGAGACAUUAUCGGAGUUUAAAGAAUUUUCACAAAGUUUUGAUGCAGCUAUGAAGGGCUUGGCACUGAGCAAUUCAGAUGUGAUUCGACAAGUACACAACAGUUUCGCCAGACAGCAAAUGUUUGAAUUUGAUACAAAGACAUCAGCAAAAGAAGAAGAUGCUUUUCAUUUUGUCAGUUAUGUUCCUGUUAAUGGAAGACUGUAUGAAUUAGAUGGAUUAAGAGAAGGACCGAUUGAUUUAGGUGCAUGCAAUCAAGAUGAUUGGAUCAGUGCAGUAAGGCCUGUCAUAGAAAAAAGGAUACAAAAAGACGGGUUUUCACCAUGUUGCCCAGGCUGGUCUCAGACUCCUGAGCUCAAGCCAUCCGCAUGCCUCGACCUCCCAAAGUGGUACAGUGAAGGUGAAAUUCGAUUUAAUUUAAUGGCCAUUGUGUCUGACAGAAAAAUGAUAUAUGAACAGAAGAUAGCAGAGUUACAAAGACAACUUGCAGAGGAGGAACCCAUGGAUACAGAUCAAGGUAAUAGUAUGUUAAGUGCUAUUCAGUCAGAAGUUGCCAAAAAUCAGAUGCUUAUUGAAGAAGAAGUACAGAAAUUAAAAAGAUACAAGAUUGAGAAUAUUAGAAGGAAGCAUAAUUAUCUGCCUUUCAUUAUGGAAUUGUUAAAGACUUUAGCAGAACACCAGCAAUUAAUACCACUAGUAGAAAAGGCAAAAGAAAAACAGAACGCAAAGAAAGCUCAGGAAACCAAAUGAAGAGGAUGUUUUGGGAUGUGUACACAUUUCUGCUUCUGCACAUAUUUUCAUGGAAAUCAUUAUGUAUAAAGAACUUUGAGCGACAUCCUAAUUGGCUCAGUGCACGUUUGGCGGUAGUGCCAGCCUGUCUUGUCUUUAAUGCAUGGAUUCAUAAACUUCUUCCCUACCUGCAUCAUGUGCAUGUAGUGCAUAUUAAAUGAAAGCGAUAUUAAGAGUGCUUACCCAAAUUCCAUUAUUUGACAUUGAAUCUGAGAACUGUUAGUUUUCUGGAUGUGUAACUACCAUAUGAACCUAGAAAAUUCACAAAUGAUACUCCUUAUCUGUAAUUUAAAUACUUAAAAUUUGCAAUUGUCAGAUCUUAAUGAAAUUGGAUGUCUUAUUUCUUCUCAUCAUUAAUGGAAAAAAAAUCAGUAUUUCUAUCUUUGAUAUCUGAGUGUUUUGAGGAUUUUAAAACUGAAUUUUAUCUGCUAUACCAGUUAUUUGAAAAAGUAUGAUUUAAAUGUAAAUCAUUUAAAAGGGACAAAAGUAUAAUUUCCAGUGAUUUUCACUGCUGUCAGUAGAAAAGUAAUAAACAUCUCAAUUUUAUUUUAGUAAUUUUUCUUCAAGUGUUUGGGGUUAUUGGUUUAUGUAGUAGAGAAUUGUUUCAGGAAGGUCUUGAGUAUUAUGCUUCAAAGCAAAAUUUCAGGUUAAGAAGAAAUUGUAAAUCUUAAAGAAUGUUGGUGUUACUCUCAAUGGAAUACUUUUUCAGGCUCAUAAGCUGUAUAUAAAAAAAUUGGAGGUUUGACAGUUCAUGCUAUCUGCUUUUUUAAAAAGAUAGUAGUGGUGAUGGGGGAUCUUUCUAUGCCAAUUUGAAUAAAUUUCGUACAGCCUGCAGUUUCCAAGAGCCAUAUACAAUUUGCUUACAAUUAAUUUUUUAAAAUUGAUUUUGGGAGUUGCUUUGUAAUAAUCUUCUUUCUUUUAAUCUUCCUUUGCAAGUCAGACUUUAAAGAAGACUUUAUAAAACUUUCUUUUUUAAAUGAAAUAAUCUACUUUUUUCUUUAUCAAGAAUAUUUCUGGGGUUGAUACAUGACUUUUUAACAUUAUUUAUUGUAAAAUAAAUUUAGCAUAAUUUAUUUUAUGAGGGAGAACGUGUACCCAUCUUCCAGUUUCAGCACAUGAAUUUUUAAGGAUUGUUUUUAAGCUUGGUGAUUGUGGUAUUAAAUGACUUAGAAUAAUGGAGAAAAACCUGAUGGGAAAUUGAUAGAAAAACUAAUGAAAUAUUUUUCAUACAUAAUUUCAUUUGGAGGUAAUGAAAAAUGUAGUUUCUCAGUUAUUUGUGGGUAAAUAUGUUUUGCUCUUGAUACAGUAAUAAUUAUGGAGUGUUUUCAAAGCCAUGAUAUAAUUUUUAAAAAUGGAUUUUUAAGGAAGGCUCAUCUUGAUCCCAUUCAUUUAUUUCAGCUUAAUUUAUAUAUCCUUUCCUAUUGAGGCUUACAUUUUGUUAAGCAAUGUGAGGAUUAUUGUGGUAAGUUAUAUUUAGUAGUCAAUACAAUGUGAUACUAGCACUAGGAUUGCCAAUGGCAAUGGAAUAGAAGAGAGAGCCUGAAAACAGAUCAACAUUUAUAUGAUCACUUGAUUUCGACAAAGGUGGCAAAACAAUUCAACAGAGAGGGAAAGUCUUUUCAACAAAUGGAGCCAGAAUAGCUGAAUAUCCAUAUAGAAAAAAAUGAACAUGACCCCCUACCUCACAAAAAUGACUUUGAGAUGGAUCAUAGACCAAAAUGUGAGUAUGAAGCUUUUUAACUGAAAACAUGGUUGAUUAUUUUAGUGACUUGGGGAGUUAGUCAAAGGUUUCUUAGGUCACAGAAAGCAGUAGCCAUAAAAGAUCCAAAAUUAGAGCUUAUCAAAAUUGUCACUGAAAAUGUUAACAAAAGUAAUAUCAAAUGACAUUUGAAAAAUAUCUUUGUAAAAUGACCAUGUUAAUAGAUAUAAGGAUUUUUUCAUAUUAAUCUAACAAAAUUCCUUAAUAGGAA